AUGGCUGGCAAAACGUUCCUCAUUACUGGCUGCAGCUCGGGCCUGGGCGCUGCCUUGGCCAAACAGGCACUGUCCGAAGGGCACAUAGUGUUAGCAACAGCCCGAGGUCAACAAGGCACAUCUGCUCAAGAUCGCCUCAAGGAACUGGCUGACGCUGGGGCUGUGACGGGACAUCUGGAUGUCACGGAGGACGCGGAUACCGUCAAACAGAGCGUCGACGCACUCGUGUCGAGAUCGCCUUCAAAGACUGUUGACGUGCUCAUCAACAACGCUGGAUACAUUCUCCAAGGCGGUGUGGAAGAAUGCUCGCUCGACGAGAUUCAAGGGCUUUUUGAAGUCAACGUCCUGGGAGCGGUUCGGGUAUUGCAAGCUGUAUUGCCAUACAUGCGUGCACAGAGAUCCGGUGUAGUUGCAAUGUUCGGUUCGCUUGGCGGCUGGAUUGGAUACCCGGGCUCUGGCUACUACAGUGCGACCAAAGCCUCUUGUUCCCUCAUCGCCGAAGCGCUACGAGACGAAGUCUCUCACUUGGGCAUUCAGGUGACCAGCAUAGAACCGGGCAGAUUCCGCACUGCUUUCCUCACCGAGGGCAAAGGACGAGUGGUGGCUCAACGCCAGCUUCCGGACCUCGACCCUGUGAUGGAUUACGUACGACAAGGCCUACACGAGGGUGAUCUACAGCAGCCUGGUGAUCCGGACAAAGCAGCGCGUCUGGUGGUGGAGUGCCUGACCCAGAGCGGACGCUGCGCUGGGAAAGAGAUCCCUUAUCGCUUGCCCCUCGGUCCAGACGCCUUACAGGUCAUAGGUCAGAGCGCCGAUCGCAUCAAGACCACGAUCGAGACCUGGCGAGAACUGAGCAGUUCGACAGACCUCUGA